AUGGGAAAUGAGCUGUGCGCACAUCCGACCACUGAAGUGUCAUGGGUGCACCAGAUCUUCUUCCCAAUGUACCUGGUGAAGGUGUCGGAUUUGCUGCAGAUGAGCGGCAGACCCAGAUCCCACGGCUUCCUGUUGCAGGAGAACCUCUUGCACGUGUGGGAGCCAGGCAUGUUCGUGAUCUUCAUCUCGCACCAGUGGCUGUCGAAGCUGCAUCCCGAUCCGCGAGGUGAGCAGCUAGGGGUUCUGCAGUCAGCAUUGAGACACCUUGUGGACGAAUCGCUGCACUUGAGUUUGGAUGGCCAUUGCGCUUUCCAUUUCGACGGCGUAAAGGCAACGGCGGAGCUUCGGUCCCAGAUCCCUGAAGCCUACGUUUGGAUGGACUGGUUUGGCGUCCCGCAGGUUACCUCACAGGAUCAGAAAGCCGGCAUCAACGAAGAUACGACGCAAUCUGAUGCGGCGAAAGCGAUUCAGAGCAUCCCAGGAUAUGUCGAGAGGUCGAAUCUCCUCGUCGCACUCGUGCCAGACUUGUUUCACACGGACACCGAUGAACUUUGCAACAGGAGUUCUUGGCUUUCGCGUGGUUGGUGUGAGGCGGAGUUGCUGUGCCAUAUACUCGCGAACAAGAAGGACACCACGGUGGUCACCAUAAGUGCGUCCAUGUCUGCAGAACUCACUGUUUGCCGUGUUGAGUGGGAUGCUGUCAAAAACAGUGCCUUCACGGUUGAAAGUGAUCGUUCUGUGGUCACUGAUCUGGUCAACAAAGCACUUUCUACCAAAAUUCGGCAUGCGACAGACUCCGGCAAUUUGGCCGUUGCGCGCCACCUUCUCGCUGGGCAGGCGGUCUUUAAUGACUUUGCAGUGAACGACUGGGAUGUGGAUUUCUUUUGCAAUCAUUUUCGUUUCUGUGGCCUCCCAGUCCAUCAGAGAUGUUUUAAUCUGCUUGAUGUCUUCCGUCAGCCCGACGGGCACACACCUUUGAUGGUGGCGGCGCAUACGAACCAAGAUCCUUCCGUCCUGUCUACCCUCAUCGAGCUUCGCUCUGAUGUGAACGCAACCGAGGAAUUUGGAUUGGUGCUGUCUCAUUUCAUCAAGUCGCCCGGGCAAGCGCGAGUACUGGCCCAAGCUAAAGCCGACCUGACUAGCGGAGGGCCUCUGGGAUCUGGUCCGUUGGUCACAGUUUCGGCGUGGUCAAGCUGUGAGACCGUGGCAGCAAUGAUCGCAUGCAGGUGCGAAGUCAAUGCCCAGGAAGAAUUCUUUUCUCCCCUACACACAGUUUCCACGACCUCGAAGCAACAUGCAGCCGAGAAAGCCCAGCUACUGAUUGGGCUUCGAGCCGACCUCGACAAGAGGGCUUCGUUGUCAGGCUCGGUUUUCAAGGCAGCCAAUAAGUAG